AUGAUCCCUACUACAAUUGUAAUGGCGAAUUGUAACGUUAUUUCAGACUGCAACCUCUGCGAGCAGUGUCUGCCACUAUCGACGUCUCCAUCAAUGUGGCCGUCCAACUCGUCGUUGCUGUCGUCGUUGCCGUCAACGCCAGCGUCUUCUUCCUUCACCUAUGAUGAGCCCCAGCUAUUAAAGAAGUAUGUGGCCGUGGCUGUCAUCGUUACCUCAAUUGCGUCUCUAAUCGUGGGAUUUUUAGUAGGCGCCUUCUUUACCAGGCGCAGAAUGCUGGGGGCGAACGCACUGACCACGAGCAACAACAGCAACAACAGCACGAUUCGCUUCUACAGCAGCGGCGGCAACAACAACAACAACCACAGCAACGACGUCGGUGGCGAUUACGACGGCGAUGCCGACGGGCGAUAUUACGCGAAAGCCUACUGCGACGACAGCGUUGGCGUCACCUUCUGCACCGUGCCCAGCCUCGCUAACGUCGAUCGCAAAUCGGAGAACUAUUACGAGUCGUCAUUUCCGCUGCCCGCUCUCUCUCGCAAGGCUGCUGCCAGCCACUCGUCCGAAGCGACAUCCCUCCAACAAUCGUCCACGUCAUCAACACCGAUGACGUCAUCAACAGCGACUACGUCAUCAAAUACCGCAUCAAAAUUUACGUUGAUACCGUCUAGAUACACAAUAGGCAAGAAGGACAGUCAUGAAAACUUCGGCCUUGACAUUCAGCGACAACAACAACAACCGCAGCAAGACCAACAUCAGAUCACACGAACGUCAACGUUAAUAUCAUCGUCGUCGCCUCCAGCGACAUCAACAGCAACAGCAGAAGCAGCAGCGGCCACAUCAAAAUACGACGACACCACAACAGCCACACAACAGCCACCACCUACUUCACCGCACGACCUCUUCUCGACAUCAUUCUGGACAAAAUCAACAGAACUCCCACCAAUAUCGUUUGAUAUCACAGUAGCAGCAACAACAUCUACCACAGCAGCUGCUGAUAGUAGCAUAGCAGCAGCUGGUAGCAGCCUAGCCACAGCUGAUAGCAGCUUAGCAGCAGCAACAACAGCCACAAAUCUAAAACCGUCAACAUCGAUAAAGAAACGCGAUUCGUUCGUGCAACAAGUGCGAAACAACAAAUUCAUUAACAACUCAGUUAAAAGGGUCAGAUCUUUUCUGACACCUGGCGACCAAGAACAGCUGUAAAAAUAUAAAUAAUUAUAUUAUUUAUUAUUAUAAUAAUAAUUAGUAUUAUUAUUUUAGCUAUUUAUUUAUUUUUAUAUUUAUAUAAUAUCAAUUUUAUCUUCUAUUUUUUUGAACAUAAUUUUAAAUCCUCUUUGCGUGUAAAUAGACUAAUUUGUAAUCUGUACAGAGAAACUUUUUAUGUAUAUUUAAUGAAUAAAAAAUUUUUU